GGAUCCGCCCCUCCACUGGCCCCGCCCCAGGUUGCUUAGGAGAUAAGAGACGCCGAAUCUUGGUACUUGCGUUCCUGCCGGGCAGGACAGGUGCAUAGGGAACUCCUCAGAGGUCUAUACCUCGAGGGCUCCCAUGGAUAGCCUUGACGGAUCCUGCCAGGACUGGUGCGACAGGAAGCAACACUGGUUGGAGAUCGGACCACCGGACUUGGUGGAGCGCAAGGGCUCCCUGACCCUCCGCUCCCAUCACAAGAAAUACUCGAAGCCGGUGUUGGUGUAUUCCUGGCACCGUGACAGAGAAGCUUUUCCCAAAGAUUAUGAUAUAGAGGGUCCUGAGAAAGUUAAAAAACUGUGUAAUUCAACAUAUCGGCGACUUGGAACCGAUGAAUCCCCAAUUUGGACAUCAGAAACACAUGAAAAGUUGUCACAAAUGUGUUUAAACACAGAAUGGGCUGAAAUGAAGAGCAAGGCUUUAUUGAAUGAGGAAACAGUGAGCUCUGGGAUUAUCGAAAGGGUCACUGGAUUGCCUGCCACAGGUUUUGGAGCUGUCUUUCCUAGACAUCCACCGGAUCGGAGCAAAAUGGGGCGAGGGAAGGAGAAGGCAAUCACAAAGAGUUGGUGUGCAUUGACAACGUACUCAGAAGAUUAUGUUCCACCAUAUGAUUAUCAGCCACAUGUUUAUCCCUGUCAAGAUGAUUAUUCCAUAGUCCACAGAAAAUGCCGUUCUCAGUUCACGGAUCUAAAUGGUUCUAAAAGAUUUGGCAUCAACACUUGGCAUGAUGAGAGUGGGAUUUAUGCUAAUUCAGAUGUAAAACGGAAACUCUAUCCCUUGACUAGUGGGCCUAUCAUGCCAAUUUAAAAAUAAUGUAUAGAAUCAGCAUCUCUGACUAAUGAAAAAUGGAUGUAGCAGUUGAUGAUUUUCUAUCUUAAUAAAUAUAAUGGAAGUGUUA